AUGGGAAAUUACAAUUCGUGCCUCUUCAAACCGCUAAAACUCGCCGCGAAAUUCCUGGACUCCGACGGAAAUCUCCAUCGCAUCGGAAUCCCCACCAAAGCCGCGGAGCUCAUGCUCGAGUGGCCGGGUCACGUGAUCUGUCAGGCCGAGGAGCUGAGACGCACGCGCCGAGUUACCGCGAUGAAAGCCGAUGAGGAAUUGCAGGCCGGGAAGGUGUACCUAUUGCUACCGGUUUCAAGGAUCAGUUCUCGCGUUUCGGAAGAUGAGAUCUCUCGGAUGGACGCCACGUGUCGGAAGAAAAAGAAGAACGACGGGAGCUGCAGGGUUUUCCCUGAGAGCGAGAGAGGUAGGAAUGAGUUCCACGUGGCGGAGGAGUGUGAAGAGCGGGAUACCGGUUUCCCCGGUCACCGCAUGGUUAAUUACCGGCAGUGGAGGCCCGCGCUGGAGACCAUAAAUGAAGUACACUGA